AACAUUUUCGCAAGGCUGUAAAAAUGAAAAAAACCCUUGCAAGUUAUUUAAUUGUUUGUAGCAGUUCAUUUUUUCUUGGUAUUCUUUUUAUUAGUUGGAUAGUUGAUCAUUUUACAUUUUGGAUGAAUCCAGUAACAGAUCAAGCUCUUUUAAAUGCGGAAACAUAUUACUUAUUGUUAUAUCAAGCACCAUCUAUUCAUAAAAUUCUCUUACAUAUAUUAAUAUGUUUUGGCUUUUUUGCACAUGUUAUGAAACUUUAUGGAGGAAAUAAAAGUAAUCUAUUAUUUGAUAGCGGAAGUUUGGUCCUUUAUAUUGCUGGAAUUAUCAUUUAUAAUGUUUAUCUUAUUCAGGGUAUACUUUUUUAUUACUAUAAUGCUUUUUAUUUAGAUUAUUUAAUAAUAGGCCUUGAAACUAUUUUUCAGCGUACUUAUAUUUCAUUUAAUAGAAUAGAUACAUUAAGAAUCUUAGCAGCAUCACAUGUUGUACUGGCACUUAUUUUAAUUGGUAUUCUUGUAUUACAAAGUAGUCAAUUUUGUGCAGAACAAACAGUUAUACAUUCUGAAACAUUAAGUAAACGUCCUAAAAAACAUUUACAAAGUAGCCGGCGCCUUUUGUAUUAAAUAAAAAAAAACAAAAUAGACUUUAAAAAUUGAAUUAAACAAUGGAAAAGAACAUGAAGUAAUAUUAGCAUAUUAAACAAAACAUUUAAGUGACUAUUUAAAUUCUUUGAUAGAAUUAUUAAAAAAG